AGCUCGCUUGCUCGAGUGGGUGGGAACCGUGUAGUAACCCAAAGUUGUCACAUGAAAAUGUCGGACAAUGUGGAGUCCCCAACAGAAACGCAUAAAGAGGAGCCGCAUACGCCGUCAGACGACUCAACGACAAGUGAUGAUAAGAAAAAAAUCGAUGUGCUGCUGAAGGCAGUGGGAGACGCUCCUAUAAUGAAAACAAAGAAGUGGGCCGUGGAGAGGGGGAGAACGGUGCAGUCGCUGUCUCAGUUCAUCUCUCGCUUCCUCAAGCUCGAUACCAGUGAACAAUUGUUCAUUUAUGUUAACCAGUCCUUUGCCCCUUCCCCGGACCAAGACGUAGGGGUCCUCUUUGAUUGUUUUGGCAGCGAUGGAAAGCUCAUCCUACAUUACUGUAAAUCCCAAGCCUGGGGUUAAACGGCUCGGAUCACCUUCCCCUUUCUCAAAUUCAUCUUCCAGACAUGCACACAAUGCUGUUUUUCCCUGUUUUUUCUUUCAGUUCUUCUGUAAAUACGUAGUGUAAAUAAAUGAUUGUAAAUUCAAAACAGCCUUUUCAACUACUUUUUUGAAGGAAUCACAUUUGGCACCCAAAAAUACACAUGUAACCGGUGCUGAUGAGGGAGAAAAAAGGAAAGCUAAAUCAUGUGGAUCCAUUGGUUCACAAACCUGUACACACUUAAAGUGUAGUAAUAACCAGUGAAAGGCACAUAGAGCUCAGACUGAUGUUGAAGGUUUUUGGGAAAAGGCAGGGACAGCCCAGGGCACUACAGUAACAGAUGGACUUAGAGGGAAGAGGGAUUAUAUGAUUCAGAAUGGGUUUGUGACAUAAAUUCCCAAGAAAGAGCGGAGAGCGGAGACCGACGCUCAGUCGCUCCAUCAGUCUUGCAUCUCCGUCCAACUAUUGGCCAGGAGGAUUAAAGGGAGGAGCACAGCUGGAGAUGUAAGGGCCACUCCUGGAGGAGGAAUACUGGUGGCAGAUGCACAAGGGGAAGAUGAAGAAGUUCGGGGGCAUGCAGAACAGGUUCAAGAUGGAGUAAAUAAUAUCCAGCUCUUGAGGAGGUUUUUAAGGGCUUUGGAACAAGGCGGAUAGCAACCUCAUGUUUGAGUGCUACAAGGGACAACAAAAAUAUCUUUGGUAGGUAUUUGUCACUGAUUCUUUAAAGGAUUACUGCAGCCAAUGAUUCAGUUUACCAGUUUUUAUCCAAAAUGUCUCUAAUUUAAUGUAUUUCUUUGUUAUUUAUACGGUUAAUGGAGUAGCAUUGGGUGAGGCAUUGAUGUACAGAUAAAACGAGUAAUACUGUGACUUAAAACUGUAUAUUGUGUUUUAUUAACAUAUUUUUGUCAAACUCGAGUAUAUUUCAUUUAGUUAAAAGGCUCAAAUGAGGCAAAUGGUGUGUGUCUGAAAUUUGUUGUUGUUACUGUUGACAGUAACAACAAAGUUUUCUUUUUGUCACAAGGUUUUGGCUAAAUCUAGCUGUUCCUGCUGUCAAUCCAUAGUCACCCUGUAUAUCUUCAGUAUGUUACCACUGAAGAGUAAUGUAAAAUGAGAAGAAAUUGUCACAAUGAUAAUAUUGUAAUAAAGUGCUAAAUAAAAAUAAAUAUGUACAGAAACAUA